AUGCCCAGAACUUGUUACUCAGGGAAGACACCCAUCACCUGUACUUCAAGACAUGCCGAAGGAACCUUUUGGAUGUCUGAACUUUCUCAAACCAGCCGAUCCCCUUGCAGCCGGUACCCCAAGACUGGUAAAGUAUGCUGGACUUAUCUAAGCCAUGUGGGCCUCUCUGAUGGGGGGGGAGUCCAAGACCAGGCUGGCCAGGAGCAGACCCGACAGAGGGUCAUCCACCAACUCCAGACCUCAAACCAGUUGACCUAUAAGAGUAUUUCCCUUGAUGACAUCAAGAAAGUUCCCACCACCGAGCAGCUAACGACAGCCCUCCUAAAUUCCAGCUAUAACUUAUGGCGAAAUUUCUCCAAAACCGGGGACAGCAACUGCUGGAUCUGUUUUCCCUUCUCUACACUCUCUAAUAUCGUUGGAAUCCCUCUCCCAACUAAUUGGACGCUCCCCAACUCCACGAUCACCAAUCAGACAGUCCAUAUUGGACCUAUUGGGGGGAAUAUACCGAUCAUUAAUUCCUCUAACUCUCUCACUCCUGCAGCUGCCAACAUUACUAAUUCCUCUCUUCCAUACUGCGCCCCCUCGGGAAUAUUUCUCUCAUGCCCCCAGGGCACUUACCGUUGUUUAACUGCUAAUGAUUCCCUAGACUGCACGUUUAUCCUCCUGUCUCCCUCAACCAACAUUUACUCCGAUUCCCAGCUCCAGUCCACAUUAUUUCUCCAAUACCGGAGAAAAAGGGCUGCCUUUCUCCCCUUUCUGAUAGGAGCAGGAAUAACUACUGGGGUCGCUACAGGAGUGGCGGGAAUGGGAACUUCCAUAGACUUUUAUUAUAAACUUUCCCAAGCUCUGAACGAUGACAUGGAACGGAUCGCUGACUCCCUCACGGCCCUACAGACUCAGGUCACUAGUUUGGCAGCUGUUACCCUGCAAAAUCGACGGGCUCUCGACCUUUUGACCGCCGAAAAAGGUGGAACCUGUCUGUACUUAAAUGAGGAAUGUUGCUAUUUUGUUAAUCAAUCAGGUAUAGUUACUUCCAAAGUUAAAGAACUCAGAGACCGAAUCCAGACCAGGCGCCAGGGCUCGUCUUUCUGGGGCCUAGACCCCCACACUUGGGUAACAUGGCUACUCCCUUUGGCGGGACCCCUAUGCCUAAUCCUUCUUCUCAUCUCUGUCGCCCCUUGCUUGUUUCGAUGUUUACAGGAACGCCUGCAAGAACUCACCCGGGUAUCUGUCAACCAACUUUUACUUCACCCAUACUCUCGCCUGCCCACAUCCGACUACCCCUACAACGACGCCCCACCGUCAGCAGGAAGUAGCCAGAGCAGAGUCGACGCCCCCGACACCAUUAUAUAA